UGAUUUUCAAUUAUUGGAUUAUUCACUCUCACCCUAAGAUCUGCAUACACGUAUGAACCUGUUUUUGUGGCUGUUUUCUUGUAUUUGGUGGCGUAAAGAUUUGAACUUUUUUAUAUAUAAAAGAAUCCUUGUUUGGGUGGAUUUUACAGCCAGAACCGAGCUGGCAGGAAUUGGGUUGCUUCUUGGUUUCUUAUAAAUAAGUUUAGUCAAAUGGGUUCUGUGAGUUUUACUGGUUUCUUCAUCAUUAGCUUUGGUGAAAGUGCGUCUCUUUUUAAGAAUCAAAGCUUGCUUUGCUUGUCUACUAAGAAGUCAGCAGUGGAUUGGAUUGAUGUGCAAUGCAGAGGUCGCGGAGAGCUCUUCUGCAAAGAAGAGCUUUGGAAAGGGUCAUGUCCGGAAGAAGCCGCUUGUAUAAGGUUUCUUUAUCUUUAGUUCUUGCUCUCUGGGGAUUCGUCUUCCUUAUCAGCUUAUGGUUUAGUCAAGGCGAUGGAUACAGAGCUAUGAUCAUUGGAGUCAAUACGUUGGGCAGGCAGGCUGACAUUCAAUAUAGCUCUACAGCAUCUCCAGCCGGAUUAUCAACUUGGAAUGAAACUACGCUGGAUCAUGAUGAGCAGUCUGAUUCUGUAGAACUAAAUAAGCAAGCAGAUCCAGUUUACUCUUCUGAAGGUGUGUGCACAAAUGGUGUUGAAAGUAGUAUUUUAAAUGGUGAACUUCUCGGUGAAGGAAACAGACAUCAGGCCUCAGAUGAAGGAACUGCAAAUUAUGACACGGCUGUUGCUGACCAACCAGAGUUGGAGAAAACUAGUUCAGCAGUGAAAAUUGACAUUGAUGCUCCAAAUAAUGACCGCCUGCCUCGUGCUGUGCCUCUUGGUCUGGAUGAAUUUAAGAGCAAAACAUUUAGUUCAAAAAGUAAAUCUCUAAUUGGCCAGGCUGGAGGCAUAAAACAUAGAGUGGAGCCCGGUGGUACAGAGUACAAUUACGCUUCAGCUGCAAAGGGAGCCAAGGUCUUGGCUUUUAACAAGGAAGCCAAGGGUGCUUCUAAUAUCAUAAGCAGAGAUAAGGACAAGUACCUUCGCAAUCCAUGUUCUGCAGAAGAAAAGUUUGUUGAUAUAGAGCUUUCGGAAGAAACCUUGGUAGACACAAUAAAAAUAGGUAAUCUUGAACACUAUUCAUCUAAUUUAAGGGAUUUUGAGCUGCUUGGCAGUUUGGUUUAUCCAACAGAUGAAUGGGUUAAGCUUGGGAAUUUCACUGCUGCAAAUAUUAAGCUUGCGCAAAGGUUUGAUAUGGAGGUACCCAAGUGGGUGAGAUAUAUAAAGUUAAAGCUUUUGAACCAUUAUGGUUCAGAGUUCUAUUGCACAGUCAGUGUUAUUGAAAUUUUUGGAGUGGAUGCUGUAGAGCGAAUGCUUGAGGAUUUAAUUUCUGUUAACGGUGACCAGAAGCCUGCGACCUCCCACCCAGAAUCCCCCGAUGGUGAUGAUCUUUUUGAUAUUGAUAACGAAGUGGAACCUCAAGCUGCAGUUGAAUCUAAUGUAAACAGUGAAGUAACCAAAAGUGAUGUGCCUGAUCCUAUCAAAGAAGUACUUCAUCAACAAGGUAGUAGGAUGCCUGGGGACACUGUUCUUAAGAUACUAAUGCAGAAAGUCCGUUCAUUGGAUUUUAGUUUAUCACUACUUGAGCGAUACCUUGAGGAAUCAAAUUCAAGAUAUGGAAGUAUCUUCAAAGAAUUUGACACAGAUAUGGACGGGAAAGAGUUGGAGUUACAGAAGAUCAAAGAACACAUAAGAAAUAUUCUAGAAAACCAGGACAUAAUUGUUAAGGAUGUAAACAAUCUCAUAUCUUGGCAGUCCCUUGUUUCUGUGCAAUUGGAUCAUUUAGUCAGGGAUAACGCUAUCCUCAGAUCUGAGGUUGAAAAGGUCAGGGAGAAGCAGAUAUCUGUAGAUAACAAGGGUGUUGUAAUAUUUGUAGUCUGUGUACUUUUCUCAUUGUUGGCCCUUGCGAGGCUGUUUAUAGAUAUUUUGGUUAGUGUUUAUACUGCAUUCAGUGUUCAUACAACAGAGAAAUCCAGGAAAUUUUGUUUGUUGAGCUCUUCCUGGGUUUCCUUAUUAGUGAGCUGUAUCAUUGUUCUAUUUAUAUUAUCAAUAUAAUCUUGGCUACUUCAUUCUUCUGGUAA